UUCAAUAAGAAAAAUAUAUGCUAACAAUUUGCACAUUUACAUCGCGUCAGGCUAGCGGUCAGCGUGCUCGUCGGCGAUUUGUUUAUAAAAGUCGUAAAUUUCGUAUCGCCAGCAGUUUUAUCCUUACUCAGUAAGCGCGCAGAACCUUUUUAGAACAGUUCUUUAAGUGACGUGUAAUAAUGUCUCUGCUCCAAGGACCAUCGAGUAAACAGGAAGAGAUGAUAAAACAGGAACUUGGGGAGAAUCCAGGUGAUAUUGAGAGGGGCGUCAUAGAUCUCCGGAGUAUGUGUGCUGCCAACCCUCACCUGCCGCGACCGGAUACUAUUGAUAACCACAUAUUCGAAGUAUUUCUCCGCGGGUGCAGGAUGAACUUUGAGCGAGCGAGGAAUAAAUUUGAAGCGUUUUGCUAUGCAAGAUGCCGAUACAGAGACCUGUAUAUUCACCGGUCACUCAACGAGCCUCCACUCAGCGAUGUUGCAAAAUUCUUGGAUAUAGUGCCUCUUCCGAAGCUGACUGAUGACGGUCUGCGAGUAACAAUUUUUAGAAUACGACCAGGAUAUCCUGAAAGCGCUGUUGACAUCACAUCGGCUGUAAAGGCAAUCCUACUCAUCUCUGAUUCAAGGCUGUUUGAUGAAAAACUUAUAUUAGGAGAUGCAUUUAUUUGGGAAGCGAGCAACGUCCGCGCUUCAAUGGCGGCAUAUGUAGCGGGUGGUGCGAACGCAAUCCGCCGUAGCAUAUACUUAGCUCAGGGCGCGUAUCCGCAACGUAUGCGCAGAAUACAUGUAGUGGGCGCGGCUGGCCUUGUUGCUUCUUCUCUGAACCUUAUGAGGUCUUGUGUCAACGAAAAAGUUCGCAAUCGGUAUUAUCUACACAACAAGAUAGAGGAGCUCUUGGACCACUUCCCAGCUCGCAUUUUACCGAUGGAAUGGGGUGGUGAUGAAGAAUCAUUUGACGUGCUUACAAAGAAAUGGCAGCAACGCGUAGAGGAAGUUAGGGACUACCUUCGUAAUUUUAACGAACUUUGCCAAGUUGCGCCUGAACCGAAAUACGACAAUGAUAUCUAUGGAACCGCUGGCGCGUUCAGAAAACUUGAAAUCGAUUAAUAUAAUUGUUUUGACAUUUACAACGCUCGGUAAUUUUACAUAUCGACCAAAAAACAGAUAAUAGUGAAGUAUCGGUUUCGUAGAGCGAAAUUUAACGUGGCUGGUGAACAUUCGCACAUGUACUUUUGAUAUGAAAAAAAUUAAAAUAAAAUAAUAUAAUCUAAUAUAUAUAAAAUAAAAUUCAAUCUGCCAAGACCACUGGGGCACUUUAGGUUGGUGCGGUAUAUAACGAAAUUAUAGAAUAAACUGUGAUGCUCAAUUUGAAAAUUGUAUUGAAAAAUAAUUUUUCGGUCAUAUAUUUUGGAAGUUUAACAAUUAAUUUUAAUGUAUCUAAAAGUAACAUUCGUUUCAAUUAUGAUCAUAUUUUAAUACCUAGUAAUACUAGAAACAGUUGACGUACCUAUAUUAAAGUCCAUACGAUAGAGUUAGCUCUACAAAGCCAAUACUAGGAAAUAAUUUACAAAGGUCAACGUGCAAUAUUAUUCGCCGUUUAAGUACUGUUAGUUUUAACACAGUGUCGCUAAUUGCUCAGUUUUAUUAAAAUAUUGUCCAAUAUGGGCAGAAUUGGGCUCCUACCGAUUUCUGUUAUAGCGUACGUCCAAAUACGCACGAAUAAAUAUAAAACGAAAAAACAACGUAAUAGUUAAUAAUUAUAAUAAGUUUAGUUUAGUAAUGAAUAGCCUUAAAUAUGUGUGUGCUAUGUUAUUUAAAAAAGUAUUAAACCGCUAGAAUAUA